AGGACUUGUCACGUGAGGUUCAGUGUAGUGCGCAGCAGCUUUGCGCAGUCGCACAACAACUGCCCCGAUCAGCUGACUGUGAGAUGCUGUGUUGAAGCACCUUUGAGUCGAAAAGCUGUUAUUAUCUGGUCUAUGUAUGGGAAGCUGCUACUGUUUAACUGAAUUACACCGUGUGGACCAAAUACUGAAGCCAUUAAACACGCCGUAACUUCCUUGCAUCAAAGGCCCAGUGGACAAACCUCUUAGCAGCAGCCAUGACAGAAUUCUGGUUGAUCUCCGCUCCGGGGGAGAAGACGUGCCAGCAGACCUGGGACAAGCUGAUGGUGGCCACCACGCGUGCCAACAACCUCUCGGAUAACAACAAGUUCAACAUCCCCGAUCUCAAGGUCGGAACACUAGAUGUCUUAGUGGGUCUGUCAGAUGAACUGGCUAAACUAGACACUUUUGUGGAAAGUGUGGUGAAGAAGGUCGCUCAGUAUAUGGCAGAUGUCCUGGAGGACAGCCGAGACAAAGUGCAGGAGAACCUACUUGCUAAUGGAGUUGACCUGGUCACCUAUAUCACCAGAUUCCAGUGGGACAUGGCUAAGUAUCCAAUCAAACAGUCGCUGAAAAACAUCUCUGAGAUCAUCUCCAAGCAAGCAGCUCAGAUAGACAAUGACCUGAAGGCCAGAGCUUCAGCCUACAACAACUUAAAGGGAAACCUGCAAAACCUGGAGAGGAAGAAUGCGGGGAGCUUGUUGACCAGGAGUUUGGCUGACAUAGUGAAGAAAGAGGACUUUGUACUGGACUCAGAGUACCUGAUUACCAUGCUGGUGGUUGUCCCAAAGACAAGCUAUGUUGACUGGCAGAAGGAGUAUGAAACCCUUGCAGAAAUGGUUGUGCCACGCUCCACAAAGCUGCUGUUUGAAGACCACGACAGCGGCCUGUUCAGUGUCACUCUCUUCAGGAAGGCUAUAGAUGACUUCAAGCACAAGGCCAGGGAAAACAAGUUUACAGUGCGUGAUUUUCAGUACAAUGAAGAGGAGAUGAAGGCAGACAAAGAAGAGAUGACACGUUUGUCCACUGACAAGAAGAAACAGUUUGGGCCUCUGGUACGAUGGCUGAAAGUAAAUUUCAGUGAAGCCUUCAUCGCGUGGAUUCACAUAAAAGCCCUGCGCGUGUUUGUCGAGUCAGUAUUGAGAUAUGGGCUGCCAGUGAACUUCCAGGCUAUGCUGCUCCAGCCCAACAAGAAGAACAUGAAGAAGUUGAGAGAGGUGCUCUCUGAACUGUACAAACACCUGGACAGCAGUGCUGCGAUCAUUGAUGCCACUAUGGACAUCCCAGGGCUGAACUUGAGCCAGCAGGAGUACUACCCCUAUGUCUACUACAAGAUCGACUGCAACCUGCUGGACUUCAAAGUCUAGAUACAUUGCCGCCAUCAUCAUCUCCCUCCCUGUGCAGUAGUAUUCUGAUGUGACUUGUUCACGUCUCCAAACUUUGAGUUAUUUCCACCCUGUUUUUCCUGUGUGUGUGUGUGUGUGUGUGUGUGUGUGUGUGUGUGUGU